UAAAAGAGCAGGCUCGUUUGUCUCCCAAACGGAUCAGAUUGACGCCCUCUCCCCACUAUUUAUUGUUUCUGCAGUUUGGAUCAUUAUUUUUAUUAUCUACAGAAAAACGUUUGAUUUGAGCUCAAAAAGCAGUAGUAGCAGUAUGCAAAUCAGGGAACCAAAUGAACGGCUCUUUCACCGAUGCGGUUCGUUUCCCAAUUUCACCAAAGAGAUCCGUAAAAAAAAAAAAGAGUCGUUUGUUCGCGAACGACUCAUCACUAGCAUCUACUGCGCUGACUCUGCUGAUGGUGACAACAAAGCUGUUUUGACAUGAUGCUCACUGUACCCGGCGCCGGAAUUAUCAUAUUAUUUGCUUGGCUCUCUCCAAGUUACGCUCUCUAUUUUCACAUUGGGGAGACGGAGAAAAAAUGCUUUAUAGAGGAAAUUCCAGAUGAAACUAUGGUUAUUGGGAAAUACAGGACCCAACUGUGGGACAAGCAGACCGGAUCGUUCCUCCCAGCCACACCUGGCCUUGGAAUGCAUGUGGAGAUCAAGGAUCCAGAUACUAAGAUCAUCCUGUCUCGUCAGUAUGGGUCAGAUGGACGGUUCACCUUCACAUCCCAUACCCCAGGCGAGCAUCAAAUCUGCCUGCACUCCAACUCCACCAAGAUGGCCCUGUUUGCUGGUGGCAAACUGAGAGUCCACCUGGAUAUUCAGGUUGGUGAGCAUACCAACAACUACCCUGAAAUCGCAGCAAAAGACAAGCUCACAGAGCUGCAAUUGAGAGCUCGACAAUUACUGGACCAAGUAGAACAAAUCCAGAAAGAGCAAAACUAUCAACGGUAUCGUGAGGAGCGGUUCCGCAUGACAAGUGAGAGCACCAACCAGCGUGUGCUUUGGUGGUCGAUAGCUCAGACGCUUAUUCUCAUCGUCACUGGCAUCUGGCAGAUGAAGCACCUCAAGAGCUUCUUUGAGGCCAAGAAGUUGGUGUAAUGCUCUCAGGCCAUCACUGAUUGAGUUUAAGACCGGCAUCACACCCAUACAGAGCUGACUGGCAGAGAGACAAGGUGUUGAUGUGAUUUAGUAGAUGCUUAAAAAGGGCAAUUCUGCCACUUUCAACCUCAAGUGUACAUAUGUGAAACCAGCUCAUUUGUGGUUAAAUUGAUAAGGUCCUAAAAAAUAAAAAAAAAGUUUCUCUGUGGGUUAAAAGUAAAAAGUGAUUUUCCAAACCUGCAGUUAUUUUUUUCCUCCCCAUGUCACCACAAAGGUUUGAAAAUCAGUUUUUAAAAUGUAAACUUUUGAUGUCAUCAGGUAGAACUUCACUUAAUUGUUUUAAAUAAACAAAUGUGCCAUUUCACAUAUGUCAACAAUGGUAUUAUGCUGGAGAUAAAUGAGGUUGAGAAGUGGUGGAGUUGCCCUUUAAAUGGGCAAUCUGCAGCUGAAGGAUAGGGCUGGAGAAAUUUAACCACACUCACAUUUUUAGUCAAAGCUAUAAAUUCAAGGACUGACCAACUUUGAGAUCAAAAUAGUUCACAUUUACUUUGUUUAUAAACAAUGAAGUAAAACAAGCUUUUAUUUUAGGUUCUGAUGAGGUACAACAGUUGAACUAAGCUCAUGAGGCAUUUGUAAGUUAUUCAAGAAUCAAAAUGGGUACAUAUUAAUUUGUAACAACUGCAGAUUGCCCCUUUUAAACCUGGGAAGCAAAUGAAUUGAUGCCAUCCAAGUGCGUUUUGUAUUGUCCAUUAUUAUUCAGUGAUUUUAAUUAUUGUGUUAAGGAGUAAGCAGCACCUGUGUCCAUGUUGUUGUAUUAGGUCUACUGCUGUGUAGUUGUAUAAAACUUUGUUGGAUUGUACAUAUAAGAAGUGGCAGAAGUAAACAUUUAAUGUGUGUCACUUUGAACUAAGCAGUCAGAUCCACAUUACUAGUAUUUUGUAGAUCUUGGUCUUUCUGAAAACUGUAUACUUUUGGUUUAAAACUCUUGUAUUUAUUUGGACUAUAUUGUGUUUUAGUCUACUAAAAUGAUUGUAACAUAGCUAAUAAUAGGGAUAUCUUAAUGACUAACCUGUUCACGCCCAAACACCCGUUCACAAGUAGAAUGGCAUCCACAACCUUACCUUCUGUUGAAGAGCAGUAUCAUUCCAGAAAAUAUGACAUUAUUUAUAUUUCUAGAGGUCCAAACAGCCCCGUUGAAAAGAAAAAGACCAACUAAUUAAAUUAGGUGCAGAUUCAAUUUGAAUGUUGUGAAAUGAAUGCCCAUGAUAAAAUACCCUUGAGUUAUUCAAAACUGAACAAGGGUUUAGGUUACAAGCUAGAUAUCAGUAAGAUACGAAUACAACUACUGUAGUGUUAUGACAAGGAAUAAAGUCACAAGGUUUUCAUUUGUCAUUAUUAAGGUUUUUUAAAACGUUUGGUUGGCUGUCAUUUCAAUGUACUCAAUAAAAAUGGAAACCGUUUUUGAUUCCCAUCUGUGGUCUGUUUAUGUAACAUUCCCUGAACAGGAUUUUUUUCUAACAGUUAUUUUCAAUAAAUAUUUUAUUGCUGGUCA